AGCGUGUCGCAACUCUCUUUUUCUAUGGCUCUGGUUCCUCCUCCCUGGUACAAAGUCAAAUCGACGCGCGGGUCAAAAACGACACAGAACACGACGAUGUUUUGUUUUUAACUCUAAGGUCUUUGCCCUUGAUUCUGUAAACGUGUAUGGUAGCUAGCGUGUGUAUUACAGACAGAAAAGUAAUAUAUUGUAUGUGUUUGGAUGGACCACAUCACCUGCAUGCUUGUUUUAGUUACCAUCUCAGUUUUUGACAGCUCGUUCUAGUCCAUGCUACCCGGGCUUAGCAUUAACAUCAGGCAUUUGAUGUAGCUAGCCAUAGUCGUCUCACAAGUACCGAUUAUGAAAGUGAAGGCAUUGCUGGCAUGUAAACAUUUCUAUUAAAUAACGUUGGUAUUUAUCUAGUUUUUUUGUCAUCGGGUAUCAUCUCCCACAUUUACACCGAAGUGGUUGGGUGUAGUAGCACUAUCCAAGAAAGCUAGAAUAGCUAGCUUCGCGAACGUCGGUCGUACUAGGCUACUCGUGCGUUUUACCAGUAGUUCAGCUCAAAUAUUGUAAAAAACGAAAGUGCUGUCAUCAGCAUGAGGUUUUGACUUGAGACAAAGCCAACUGUAAACCACUUAAGUUUGAAUUCCGGGUAUGGUCUCACUUUGGCGUACCAUGAACACGUCGUUGGGGAGAAAUGGCAUGAUAGGACUGGGUGUUGGAGCCACAGCAGGUGUAGGCUUGAUAGCAUUUAUAAUCUACAAAGAAGUGACGAGAAGAAGAUCUCAAUGCUUGCAACUUCACACCAGCCCUCUUUGCCAGGCGACGGACAUUACUGAUCCAGAUGCUCUCCUCCUUGAACCGCUUAAUGCAGAAGACCCCUCCUUCCUGUCCCCAUCCCCAGAGGCGGCUGCCCAGCAGCAGGCCCUGGCAGCGGUGGAGGCGGUGGUGCAGGGCCUGUCCCCAGGGCAGCAGGCGCAGCUGAGGAACCGCCUGGACGAGGUGCUGACCUGCGUGGCCUCUCUCCGCGGCGAGGUGGCCGAGCUCCGCGGCGGCCUGCAGGACAUCGCCCAGCAGAUCAUCCAGGAUGUCAAAAAGGGCAUGGAGGAGAGCCAGCGGGCGCGGAGGAGACGCCACAUCAUCCACAGGGAGCGCACUGACUCCAUGAGCUCCAGUUCCAUCUACUUCACCGCCAGCCAGGGAACAGCCAGUCUGUAUGCAGGGGACACCAGCGAGGGAGGGUACUCAACCGCUAACGCCGAGUCUGACUACACGGACCGAGACACGGACAGAGAGACCGACAGGGAAGGAGAGAUAGAGCCAGAGCAGGAGUCGGAGGACGAAGACGAGGACAAGAGCUGUGCCACGGUCCUUACUCUACGCCAGGACGAUUCUCAGGAAGAGGGGGAGGAGGAGGUGGAGGAGGAGGAAGAACCGAGGACACAGCAAGAGGAGGAGAGGAAGGAGUUUGUGGCAGAGGCGCCCAGUGGGGAGUUGGCCCUGCUCCUGGCUCAGAGCGAUAUCCUCCAUACAGGAGAUGCCAGCCUGAAAGCAGAGGGCUUUCACCUCCUACUUGCCAACAAAGCACAGUAUGGCAACAGCAGGGAGUUUUUAUGGCGACUAGCCCGCGCCUACAGCGACAUGUGUGACGCUACAGAGGACAAACAGGAGAGGAAGUCAUACGCAGAGCAAGGACGGGAGGAGGCCGAGGUUGCUCUGAAGAGGAAUGGCCUGAACGCAGAGUGCCACAAGUGGUUUGCUGUCCUCACAGGACUUACCUCCCAGUACGAGAGCAUGCAUGGCAAACUAAAAAGCAGCCACAUUCUCAAGGAACAUCUAGACAGAGCGAUCUCCCUCAGGGACGAUGAUCCACUGUGCUUCUACCUACUUGGGCGCUGGUGUUAUGAGGUUUCCUCUCUUGGCUGGUUGGAGAAGAAGGCUGCAGCUGCCUUGUAUGAAAGGCCACCCACAUCAACUCUCCAUGAAGCAUUGGAAAACUUCCUCAAGGCUGAGGAGCUCAACCCAGGAUUUUCUAAGACAGUGAGACUUUACAUUGCAAAGUGUCACAACGAGCUUGGUAAUGGAUCUGAGGCAAGGAAUUGGGCGAGGCUUGCUUUAAACAUGCCUAGCACUUCUAAUCAGGAGGAUGACACCACAAAACUACAAGCAGAGCUUAGAGUCUUGAUUGACAAACCAAAUGACCUCCCGCUCUCCAGUGUUGAAAAAUAGGCAAGGACACAGAAGAUGUCCCUGA